AUGGAUGAGGAGGAGCUACCACUGUACUGUUCAGGGGGCCUGCGCUUCUUCUGGGACAACAAGUUUGACCAUGCCAUGGUGGCCUUCCUGGACUGUGUGCAGCAGUUCAAGGAGGAGGUGGAGAAGGGAGACACGGGAUUCUGCCUGCCCUACAGGAUGGAUGUCGAGAUUGAGGACAUGGGAGGCAGCGGCGGCUCCUACUCCAUCAAGACCCAGUUCAACUCGGAGGAGCAGUGGACCAAGGCGCUCAAGUUCAUGUUGACCAACCUCAAGUGGGGCCUGGCGUGGGUGUCGUCUCAGUUUUACAACCGAUAG